AUGGAAGGUGAAAGUGAGAAGAAGACGGGAGAGAAACCCGCGGAAGAUGAUGGCGGAAUCGCACCGCUUCCGGAAAGGGUUCAAGUCGGCGGAUCACCAGUGUACAAGAUGGAUCGGAAGCUGGGAAAGGGAGGUUUUGGUCAAGUUUACGUGGGUCGUAGAGUUCAUGGAGGGACGGAGCGUGUUGGCCCUCAUGCUGUCGAGGUAGCACUGAAAUUCGAGCAUAGAAGCAGCAAGGGAUGUAAUUAUGGGCCUCCGUACGAGUGGCAAGUUUACAACACGCUUGGAGGGAGUCAUGGAGUUCCUAGGGUUCACUACAAAGGCAGACAAGGCGACUACUACGUCAUGGUCAUGGAUAUGCUCGGACCGAGCUUGUGGGACGUCUGGAACAAUUCCAAUCAAGCGAUGUCAACGGAAAUGGUAGCAUGCAUUGCCGUGGAAGCUCUUUCUAUUCUCGAGAAAUUGCACGCACGGGGAUACGUCCAUGGAGACGUGAAGCCAGAAAACUUUCUUCUAGGGCAACCAGGAUCUCCCGACGAGAAGAAGUUAUACCUUGUUGACCUCGGACUCGCAACACGAUGGAAAGACGCGACUUCUGGUCAGCAUGUGGAGUAUGAUCAACGUCCAGACAUAUUCAGGGGAACCGUCCGAUAUGCCAGUGUUCAUGCGCAUCUUGGCCGCACAGGCAGUAGAAGAGAUGAUCUAGAGUCCCUGGCUUACACUCUGGUUUUCCUUCUACGGGGUCGCUUGCCAUGGCAGGGCUAUCAGGGAGACAACAAGGGCUUCCUGGUUUGCAAGAAGAAGAUGGCCACAUCUCCUGAAAUGCUGUGCUGCUUUUGUCCAGUUCCGUUCAAGCUCUUUCUGGAGUAUGUGGUGAAUUUGAAAUUCGAUGAGGAGCCAAACUAUGCCAAGUGCAUUGCAAUGUUCGACCCUGUUUUGGGACCCAUCCCGGCGCAUCGGCCUAUUGACACAGAAGGCGCUUUGAAGGUGGGUCAGAAGCGUGGACGUUUGACAGCAGAAGAGGAAGCUGACGACCAACCAAAGAAGAAGGUUAGGCUUGGAAUGCCUGCCACGCAGUGGAUCUCUGUGUACAGUGCUCGUCGGCCAAUGAAGCAAAGAUACCACUACAACGUGGCUGAUGCGAGACUAGCACAACAUGUGGAGAAAGGAAAUGAGGACGGGCUUUUUAUUAGCAGUGUAGCAUCAUGUCAGAAUUUGUGGGCUCUCAUCAUGGAUGCUGGCACAAACUUCACUUCGCAAGUCUAUGAACUCUCACAUGUCUUCCUUCCAAAGGAAUGGAUUAUGGAGCAAUGGGAGCGGAACUUCUACAUUACCUCAAUUGCAGGGGCCAGCAAUGGCAAUUCCUUGGUGGUUAUGUCUAAAGGAACAUCCUAUACACAACAAUCAUACAAAGUAAGUGACUCGUUCCCCUUCAAGUGGAUCAACAAGAAAUGGAGGGAAGGCUUCUAUGUCACAUCCAUGGCAACUGCAGGCAGCAGAUGGGGGGUGGUUAUGUCACGGAAUGCUGGCUUCACAGAUCAGGUGGUUGAGCUCGACUUUUUGUACCCGAGUGAAGGGAUCCACCGCCGAUGGGAUGCUGGUUACCGGAUUACAGCGACUGCAGCAACUUGGGAUCAAGCUGCCUUUCUGUUAAGCAUCCCGAGGCGCCGUCCUGCGGAUGAGACUCAGGAGACUUUGAGAACUUCAGCCUUUCCAAGCACACAUGUUAAGGAAAAAUGGGCGAAGAAUCUAUACAUUUCAUCCAUCAGCUACGGCCGCACCGUGUCCUAG